UUCCAAUGUCAAUAGAAAAUUUAAAUUGUUUUGAAAUUUUGAAAAAUGCACACAUGUAAAAAUAAUUGUUAAACGCAAAAAAAAAAAAAUAAAAAAGCACAAAAAACGCAAUGACUUGCACAGAAAUUCUACGUGAACUUAAGUGUAAAAAACUGCCAUGCCCGUGCCAGAUGUGCGCCAAACUGCGAUGUGAAAACGGAAAUGGAAAUGGUAACGGCAAUGCCGAAGGCAAUCAACGCGAUACGCCGCCAGAGCGGCCAAUACCAAAAUAUCAAUUUCAGUGUAAAUGUCUAGAGGAAACGGAUGUGCCGUACAAACGUAAAUGUCCACCUUCGCCGCCGCAAUACAAACAAACUGCUAAAUCCGAUGAAAAGUGUUUAGAUGACGAUAGUAAUACGGACAAAACGGAUAAAUGCGAGUGUACAGAAGAUGAUUGUAAUACGGGUAAAGGUUGUUGCAAUACAGGACACAAUUUUCUCUCCUUUAUGAUGACCAUAAUUUGCUUUAUAGCAUUUUUAAUAAUAGCCGCCAUCGUCUUUUGGCUUCUCGUAUUGAAAUGUACAAUUAUUUUGGCCAUCAGAGUAUAUAAAUCGAAUAGAAACACGCGAGUGACAGUUGUGAGCAUACUAGCUUUAUUGUUUCUGCUAAUAUUGUGUACGGCUGGAACGACAUGCCUUCAAAGAUAUAUGGCCAAGCGUUCGACCGACAAACCAGCGGCGCAACCUGGCACUAAAGUGAAGUCGGGAACCUCCGCCGCUUGGUAUUCUUUUAAAAGGGGUGAACCACCCAAAGUGACUAAGACCCGUUACUCUUGGACGCUGCGUUCCACUAGCCCGAGCGCAUCCAAAGAUGUCAAAACCUCAGUUAGCAAAGUAGAAACACGUUCUUCAUGGAUACCUUUCGGUGGCGGACGUCAGGUAACAACGAAAGAAAUCAAAACAGAGACUACUAAGCCACGCUCGUCUUGGGUUACGACACAUAUUUGGCGACAAACAACAACAAAAGAGAUUGCUCCGCCUAUUAAGAAGUCUUCUUCUUGGUUACCUACAUUUAGCUGGAGUACAAGUUCCGCAAAACAAAUUGAACAGCAAACGAAAACCACGGAGACACGUUCCUCUUGGAUGCCUUGUCGUUGGUGGAGUCAGACGCCAACAAAAGAGAAAAAGUCUGAAACGUCUUCUUCAUGGAUGUCUACAUUUAGAUGGAAUACAACAACAACGACAAAGAAAAUUGAGCAACCACCCAAAAAGGCUGGCGCAUGUACGUCGUGGAUGCCGUGUCGUUGGUGGAGUCAACCUACACCCAAAGUAAUUGAAACGUCUGUGACGCGUUCCACUUGGCUACCAUCCUUCAAGUGGGGACAGGCACCAAGCAAAAUCGAGACUACAACUACAAAGACUGAAGUGCGUUCCUCAUGGCGACCUUCUUUUAAGCUGUCUACAAGUUACUUCACUAAAACAACAACAACCAAAGAAAUACAAACUCCAACAAAAAAACGUUCCUCCUGGACGCCUUCAAUUAACCUACCCUCAUCAUUGACAAGUUACUUCACUAAAACUACAACAACAACAACGAAAGAAAUUGAAACUUCUUCCAAACCAACUAAAGCACGUUCCUCCUGGAUGCCAUCCUUCGGGUGGAGUACCAAGCCAACACAAAAUAUUGAAAUUGAAUUGAUACAAAAGGCGCAUGUUUCCCGUUCCUCCUGGUUACCAUUCCUUAAUUGGCGUCAGACGACGACCACAAAGACGAAAACAGAUAAAGACUCGAAAAAGACUAAGACUUCUUCGACUUCGUACUGGUGGCCCAGCUUUUUUGGGGGUCAGUCUGCAAUGUCAACAACCAGCAACAGACUAUCCGGUGGCAUGGAGCAACAGAAGGUUACUGUUACCAUAACGGACGAUGAGGCACGCCAAAUAUACAAGCGAUCCAAGUUGUAUGCGAUACCAACAGAAAUGAAACAACCACCGACUUUGAUAAUCUAUUUACGAGAUUUCAUACAAAGAAACACUGACUGAAGAUUUACCGCAGUUGUGGCAUAGUUGAAGAAUUAAGUUGAAAAAUACAUAUGUAUAUAUGUGUGCAACAGGAAAAAUUAUUAAGUAAAAAAUAUAAAUUAUUGUAUUGUGAAAUAUUUUUUGAAAAUAAAUAUUACUUUUGAUAAAA